AUGAAUGCAUACGGCCAUAGACCACCACAAUACCCAUAUCCGAAGGAUGAUCUCCAUCACUUCAAUCCAAACACAUACCAGCAAAAUCCAGUGCCCCAUCCAGUUAAUACAAUGGGUGUUUCUAGCGUUAACUCAAAUUUCCAUCCAAAUUAUAAGUAUACAUCUAGACACCCACAUGAGCCAUCUAAGUUCUCGAAUUUCGAUAAAGAAGUGCCAUCCAAUAAUGUAGAAUAUGCCCGUGGAGGAUGGUCCAACGGAAACGUAUCAGAACCAGCUCCAGAAAAAUAUUACUCAGUGAACGUCCCGCCGGCAAACACACAACCCUCAUACCAAACAGAACUUAAGCCGGAAACGUGUGUGCCCAAGAAUUUUAAACCAGAACAUAACACACAAAGCAACUGGGAUAACCCAGUGAAUCAACAUUCUAAUGUCAGAUUAGCUAUUUUCUUAGAAAACUGUAACGUGUCAUACGAUCUGUUAGAGUCGGACCUGAGGGAGCUCUUUUCAUACUACUCAGGAGUACACUCCUUGUAUAUCUCACCAGAGUAUCCAGCAGCAGAACUAGUACUUACAGAUCCAAACGCAUGCAAAACAGCAUGCUCAGACCUUAACGGUGUGGUGCUCCACGGCAUCGGAACCCUAAGGUGUGUUGUCAUGCUCCCAGGCCAGAGCCUAAACUCCCUCAUGUCAACAGCAAACGUCUAUCAAAAUUUUAAUAAGCCAACCAGUUCUAACUCGAGUGCGUCUACAGUGGACAACCCUAACCUUAGAUAUUCAUAUAACGAGAUGAAAAAUACAAACGGACACGGUAAAGUGAAUCACCCAAGACCCCUCACGGUUAAUAACGUUGAACAUGUAGUUGGAAUGACGAACAGACCGAACACGAAUCGCCUGUGCCGUUUCGAGUUGAUAGAGCUGUUUUCGUUCGAGCCAGACUUUGACGUGACAGCGCAGAUUUUGGGCCCAAAUAACACAAACAUAGAGUACAUAAUGAAAAAUGCCAACAACAAAGUGGACAUUAGCAUCAAGGGGAAACCACUAAACUCAGCAUCGGCCACAGACAGACUCCACAUCACAAUCUCCUCAAACGAUUUCUACUCGUACAACAAGGCCAUAUUCAUGACCGAAGACCUCCUGUGCUCAGUGUGCGAAAAGUACGUAGAGUUCGUCAGAGAGCGAGGAAAAAUGGUCUCAAACCUAGUCGGCUUCUGCAGACACGAGUACGAAGAAGACAACUCGGGAAAACUUGACUACAAAGGCUCACUCGAAAAGCCAAAGACAUGGCUAGAAAAUAACAACAAGAGAUUUAACAACCAAAAGUUCAAUCAUUACCGUAACAACUUCUCCAAAAAAGUCAAUGAUCGUAGCCGACCCAUUCCACCGAGUAGAAACCAAAACCAGAGAAUUCCAGCCAAUCCCAGAAAUAGAGGUUUCAGAAAAUAA